CCCUCUCCCCUCUCCCCUCCCCCUCUCCCCUCUCUGUCGAUGCAGCUGUUAGCUGCCUGGACGAGUCCCAUAGCUCUGCCUGCUCUAAUUUUAUCCGUUGUGGUAUUUCUGGGCGGCCGUGGUCAGCACAUCGCGCUUUGAGCGAGCAGGCAGAGACCCCGGGACAGUGGGGGGAGAGAAGCCCACCACCAUGGAGGCGAAGCCUGAGGCGGACGGGGACGUGGCCCUCCGGAAGCGACCCGACAGCAAGAAGGGCAAGAAGCCGGUAUGUGUGGGGCCACCGCGACCACCAAGGUCCCUACUGUGCCUGAGUCUCAGAAACCCGCUCCGCAAACUCUGCACCAGCAUCGUGGAGUGGAAACCGUUUGAAAUUAUCAUCCUCAUUACCAUCUUCGCCAAUUGUAUCGCUCUUGCCGUGUUUGAGCCUCUCCCGGAAGAUGACACCAAUUCCUUCAACUUCAAGUUGGAAAAAGUUGAGUAUAUCUUUCUGAUAAUAUUCACGAUAGAAGCAAUUCUUAAAAUUAUCGUGUAUGGAUUCCUCUUUCACCCGGAUGCCUACCUACGGAAUUUCUGGAACAUCUUGGACUUUGUCAUUGUGUUUGUUGGUCUCUGCACAGUGGUCCUGGAGCACCUCAGCCCAUCUGCCAAAAGCGCAGGGUUUGACGUGAAGGCACUUCGAGCAUUCCGAGUGUUGAGGCCACUGCGUCUGGUGUCGGGCGUUCCCAGUUUACAGGUGGUGUUAAACUCGAUCAUCAGGGCGAUGGUUCCUCUCCUGCAUAUCGCUCUGCUUGUCCUCUUCAUGAUCAUCAUCUAUGCUAUCAUCGGCCUCGAGCUGUUCAUGGGCAAGAUGCACAAGACGUGUUACUUCACUGGAACAGAUAUCAUAAUGGAGGAGGACCCAGCACCUUGCGCCCACGCGGGCACAGGCCGACACUGUACCCUGAAUGGAACUGAGUGCAGGUCAGGCUGGCCUGGACCCAACAGCGGCAUCACGCACUUUGACAACUUUGGCUUUGCAAUGCUAACCGUGUACCAGUGCAUCACCAUGGAGGGCUGGACUGACGUCUUGUACUGGGUUAAUGAUGCCAUAGGUAAUGAGUGGCCUUGGAUCUACUUUGUCAGCCUUAUCCUGCUGGGAUCUUUCUUUGUACUCAACCUAGUCCUCGGUGUUCUAAGUGGGGAGUUCUCCAGAGAGAGAGAAAAGGCCAAGUCACGGGGAGACUUCCAGAAGUUCCGGGAGAAACAACAGCUAGAUGAAGAUCUGAAGGGAUACCUGGACUGGAUCACCCAUGCAGAGGACAUUGACGUGGACCACGUCAGGCACCGAGAAGGGAUACUGGCGUCAGAUGAGACAGGCUCCUUGGGCUCUCAGGAACUACUCAGGAUGGAGGGAAUGAGUCUGCUCUCACGCAUCAUCUGGCGAUGUCAAAGGUGUAAUCCAAUGUUCCGACGGAAAUGCAGGGAGCUAGUGAAGUCCAAGUUCUUCUACUGGCUGGUGAUCUUCCUGGUUUUCCUCAACACACUAAUGAUAGCUACUGAGCAUCAUCUUCAACCCAACUGGCUGACUGACGUUCAAGACACAGCCAACAAGGUGCUCCUGUCCCUGUUCACAGUGGAGAUGAUUCUGAAGAUGUACAGCCUCGGCCUGCAGGCCUAUUUUGUCUCCCUCUUCAACAGGUUUGACUGCUUUGUGGUGUGUGGAGGGAUUCUAGAGACAAUCCUGGUGGAGGUGCAGGUGAUGUCUCCGCUGGGAAUCUCUGUUCUCCGCUGCAUCAGGCUCCUGAGGAUCUUCAAGAUCACCAGAUAUUGGACUUCACUGAGCAACCUUGUGGCAUCACUACUGAACUCUGUGCGAUCCAUCGCAUCCCUUCUACUCCUCCUUUUCCUUUUCAUUAUUAUCUUUUCCCUGCUUGGAAUGCAGCUGUUUGGUGGGAAGUUCAACUUUGCUGACAUGCGCGUACGGAGGAGUACUUUCGACACUUUCCCUCAAGCCCUUCUGAGCGUCUUUCAGAUCCUUACUGGUGAGGACUGGAAUUCUGUUAUGAAUGACGGGAUCAUGGCUUACGGAGGCCCUUCCUUCCCCGGCGUCCUUGUCUGCAUCUACUUCAUCAUUCUGUUUGUCUGCGGAAACUAUAUCCUGUUGAAUGUUUUCCUGGCCAUUGCAGUCGACAAUCUGGCUGAGGCAGAGAGUCUGACGUCAGCUCAAAAGGAAGCUGCUGAGGAAAAGAAGAGGAGAAAACUGGAGAGGGCUGCCCAUCCAGGCCGAUCAGAAGAAGAGAAGUUGCUUUUGAAGAAACUUGAGCUGGCAAAGCUGAAAGCUGAGGGGAUUCCCACCACUGCCAAGCUUAAAGUCGACGAAUUUGAGGCCAAUGUGAAUGAGGUGAAGGAUCCCUAUCCCUCUGCCGAUUUUCCAGGUGAUGAUGAGGAGGAGGAACCAGAGUUCCCGCUAAGUCCGCGACCUCGACCUCUCACCGAGCUCCAGCUGAAAGAGAAGGCUGUGCCCAUGCCCAACGCCAGCUCCUUCUUCAUCUUCAGUCCUGAAAACAAAUUACGCAAAUUAUGUCACCGAGCGAUCAAUGCCACCACAUUCACCAACUUCAUCCUCCUCUUCAUUCUACUCAGCAGCAUUUCACUGGCUGCUGAAGAUCCCAUCCGAGCGGACUCCUUUCGCAACCAGGUCCUGGCCUAUUUUGACAUUGCUUUUACUGCCAUAUUCACCAUGGAAAUUGUGCUGAAGAUGACGACCUAUGGUGCGUUCCUUCACAAAGGCUCUUUUUGCCGGAACUACUUCAACAUCCUUGAUCUACUUGUGGUCAGCGUUUCUCUUAUCUCCUUUGGAAUCCAGUCCAGUGCGAUCUCUGUGGUAAAGAUUCUGCGUGUCCUCCGUGUACUCAGACCUCUGCGAGCAAUUAACAGAGCAAAGGGACUAAAGCACGUCGUACAGUGUGUGUUCGUGGCAAUAAAGACGAUCGGAAACAUUGUGAUUGUCACAACUCUCUUACAGUUCAUGUUUGCCUGCAUCGGCGUGCAGCUCUUUAAGGGAAAAUUUUAUUCCUGUACUGAUCCCUCCAAGAUGACAGCGGAGGAGUGCAAAGGACAUUUCAUUGUCUACGGUGAUUCAGGCCAGAUUACAGUCCAGGAACGGAUGUGGGUGAACAGCGACUUCAACUUCGACAAUGUCCUCUCUGCCAUGUUGGCUCUCUUCACAGUCUCCACCUUCGAGGGGUGGCCACAGUUACUGUAUAAGGCAAUUGACUCCCACACCGAAGACAUGGGCCCUAUCUACAACUACCGUGUGGGUAUCUCAAUCUUCUUCAUUGUCUACAUCAUUCUGAUCGCUUUCUUCAUGAUGAACAUCUUUGUUGGGUUCGUGAUAGUUACCUUCCAGGAACAGGGGGAGACAGAGUACAAGAAUUGUGAGCUGGACAAAAACCAGCGCCAGUGUGUUCAAUAUGCCCUAAAGGCCCGGCCCCUGAUGAGAUACAUUCCCAAGAACCCUUACCAGUACAGGGUAUGGUACGUGGUGACCUCCUCCUAUUUUGAGUACCUCAUGUUUGCCCUCAUCCUCCUCAACACCAUUUGCCUCGGGAUGCAGCAUUACGAGCAGUCAGAGGAGAUGGACCAGCUGUCUGACAUGUUGAAUGUGGUCUUCACCGGACUGUUUGCACUGGAGAUGGUCUUCAAACUCUGCGCUUUCAAAGCCAAGGGUUACUUCGGAGACCCCUGGAAUGUUUUUGACUUCCUGAUUGUUAUUGGGAGCAUCAUUGAUGUCAUCCUCAGUGAAGUAGACAUAGCUCUUGCCUCCAGCGGGGGUCUCUACUGCCUGAGUUCUGGAUGCGGAUCCAGUGAUUCCGAGGACACCUCCCGCAUCUCCAUCUCUUUCUUCCGCUUGUUCCGCGUGAUGCGGCUGGUCAAGCUGCUGAGCCGAGGAGAGGGUGUGCGAACUCUGCUGUGGACAUUCAUCAAGUCCUUCCAGGCCCUUCCCUAUGUCGCACUCCUCAUCGUGAUGCUGUUCUUCAUAUAUGCAGUCAUCGGGAUGCAGGUCUUCGGUAAGAUUGCCAACGUGGACGGGGCUCAGAUUAAUCGGAACAACAAUUUUCAAACCUUCCCGCAGGCUGUGCUCCUGCUCUUCAGGUGCGCCACGGGGGAGGCCUGGCAGGAGAUCAUGUUGGCAUGCCAGCCUGGCAAGCUAUGCGACCCAGAGUCUGACUACCAACCUGGCGAGGAGUACACGUGUGGCACCAACUUCGCCGUCUUCUAUUUCAUCAGCUUCUACAUGCUCUGCGCCUUCCUGAUUAUUAACUUGUUUGUGGCAGUUAUUAUGGACAAUUUUGAUUAUCUGACGCGGGACUGGUCGAUCCUGGGCCCUCACCACCUCGAUGAAUUUAAAAGGAUCUGGGCCGAAUAUGAUCCUGAUGCUAAGGGACGGAUCAAACAUUUGGACGUAGUGACCCUGCUCCGUCGUAUCCAGCCCCCACUGGGGUUUGGGAAGUUUUGCCCCCACCGUGUGGCCUGUAAGAGGCUGGUCUCCAUGAAUAUGCCAAUGAACAGUGAUGGCACUGUCACUUUUAAUGCCACCCUCUUCGCGCUCGUCCGGACAGCCCUCAAAAUUAAAACGGAAGGGAAUUUUGAACAGUCUAAUGAGGAACUGAGAGCAAUUAUCAAAAAGAUUUGGAAACGCACAAGCAUGAAACUACUUGACCAAGUGAUUCCCCCUAUUGGAGAUGACGAAGUGACUGUUGGCAAGUUCUACGCCACCUUCCUCAUCCAGGAACACUUCCGAAAAUUCAAGAAACGUCAGGAGGAAUAUUACGGAAUUCUCCCGUCUAAGAAGCAGACUGCCAAUGAGAUUGAGCUUCAAGCUGGACUACGCCACAUCGAAGAGGAUGUUGGUGAGAAGCUCCACCGCACCGUGUCCGGAGAGCUGCCGUUUGACGAAGGAGAGCGGACAAUCGAAGAUGGUGGACUGGACGAGACAAUAUACAGGAGAGCAGGAGGGCUGUUCGGAGGCCAGACUGAUGGCUACCAGCUGGACAGAAGUGGUUCCUAUCAACAACAGAUCACUAGCCAAAGGCCACUGCAGUUCAGUAAAUCUGAGGGCGGGGAGGAGGCGGACAGUCCACACAGCCGACUCACUGACCUGCCAUUUAACACCAUCGAAUUCUUCCCAUCAACAGAGAACAAGAACAUGAAUAACUCAAACCCUAAAGGCCACAGCAGAUUUUACUACGAAGAUGAAUUUGAAAAAGAAAUUGCGACAUUUGACACCAGUGAUGAGCUGGAUGUCCGACUGAUCCAGCCCAGGCAGCUGUCUGUCCCAGCAACAGGGUGGAAGCUGAACUACCCGGUGCGCCACAUUACCCCAGAAACGUCAGGGACAGCACAACAGCAAGAGACGCAACUCCUGGGUCAACACUGCCCUGAUGAAGAGGUAGAAGAGGCCCAAAGACUACCCAGAGCAGCCAGUGACCCAGCCUUUGUGAUCAUCACUGUGGGGACCUGCCAGACAGAUCAGCCUCCACCAACACUGAAUCCACCUACAGCUCGCUCCCUGGCCAUAGAUCCCACAAUUCUGGUCUCUGACUCUUCCAAGCGGAAACACUGAAGACGUCCUCCGACCAUGCGGAAGACGGGGAGACCUUCCGAUAGCCAGGCCUGUUGACUGUUUAGUUUGUGACGUGUGUUUGCGGAGCAGUGAAGGGGACAUGAGAGGGUUCGACCAGUAAUGGACAGUGUGAGGAUGCAGGCCAUUAAAGGGGGCUACAGGAGAUGAAGACAUAUUGGAAAAACCACACGGUUAUUGUGUUCCAACCCAGUUUAUGCAGGCCUCAGGGCUUGAUGACAAAUUGUAGUUAUGCUGUGUUUUUAUUUGGUUGUUACUGAGUUGUAUUAUUAUGUGGGUGUAAAUGGUGCUCAUUAAACACUCUGUGGUCGA